GAGAUCAAGUUGUUGAUGGGCCUAGAUCACAACCUAAAGUGGAUCAUCAUCCUGAUGGUAGCAAUGCAGGCUCUGGCCUUCUACCUUGUGAAGGACUUGGAUUGGAAGUGGGUGAUAUUCUGGGCAUAUGUAUUUGGUGGGUGUAUAAACCAUUCCAACACACUGGGCAUCCAUGAAAUCUCUCACAAUGCUGCAUUUGGGCACAAGUAUGCACUGUUCAACCGCUUUUUUGGCAUGUUUGCUAAUCUUCCUGGUGGUCUGCCAUACUCGGUCUCCUUCAAGAGGUACCACAUGGAUCAACAUCGCUACAUGGGUGGAGAUGGUAUUGACAUUGACAUUCCCACAGAUUUUGAGAGCUGGUUUUUCUGCACCAGACUAAGGAAGUUUUUCUGGGUCAUCCUGCACCUACUGUCUUAUGCCACGCGCCCACUCUGCAUCAACCCCAAGCCCAUCACUCACUUGGAGAUCGCUAAUCUGGUUGCUCAAUUAACCUUCAACCUGCUGAUAUAUAAUCUCUGGGGAGCAAAACCAAUUGUUUACAUGUUGGCAGGAUCUCUUCUGGGAAUGGGCCUUCAUCCAAUCUCUGGACACUUUAUUGCUGAGCACUACAUGUUUCUGAAAGGACAUGAAACCUACACUUACAAUGGCCCCCUCAAUCUAAUCACCUUCAAUGUUGGAUAUCACAAUGAACAUCAUGACUUCCACGGUAUUCCAGGCUGCAGACUUUCUCAGGUGAAGAAGAUAGCUGCUGAGUACUAUGACUAUCUGCCCCAGUAUUCUUCCUGGGUGAAAGUGCUCUAUGACUUCAUCAUGGAUGAUACGAUCAGCCCUUACUCUCAGAUCAAGAGAACAGUGAAAGAUGCAAAACAGAACUAG